CCUAAAAAAAAAAAAAUAGCGUGACGUUUGCAACAAUAAUAAACACACAAUUUUUUUUUUUCGAUUUUUUGAAAUUUCCUAAAUGUAAGUGGACAUUUUUUAGGUAGAUUUUAGCCGACGAAAAUGGCCCGACAAAGAAAAACCGUAUCCGAGAGCAAUAAGGAGAGCAAGAGCCGUAACAGCAGUAGUAGCAAUGGCAGCAGUUCGCCCCAAUCCAAGACCCCACAGUCUAAAAGUGUCUUUAUUUAUUGGAAACAGGUCGCAAUGGUUCUUGUGUUGGGGGUUACGGUAGUGUUUGCCAUCAUGGGGUACCUGCAAACCAGGGUAAACACCCCUUUUGACGAUAAGAAGGUGAUAGUGAAAUCUGGCUUAAAAGUUCCCGAGCAGUUCUGGGGCACCUAUAGGCCAGGGGUGUAUUUCGGCCUAAAAACCCGAGAUCCCCACUCGUUGGUUACGGGUUUAAUGUGGUACUUCCCUAAUAGAUUAGGACCAGGGGGUGAUGGGAUAAGACACUGGUGCGAACAAGGGGACAAUUUGAGAAAGUAUGGUUGGCUACAGCAUGACGGUAGCAACUUUGGGGUGCAGGAGAUCGAAGACGCCCCGUUUAAGCUCACCACGUCUUUUGUAAAAAGGUCGGGGGGGCAGCACGGGGGCGAAUGGACUGCGAGGAUCACCGCUGAUGUACUGCCCGAGUACCAAAACAAGGUCCCAAAGUCCGAGCGGAUCUCCUUAAUCUGGUACGCCGCCCUAGACAAGGACACCGAAGGCUUUUUAGCCCCCACAAACUCAAAUACCGACCUGACAGGCAUCAGGGGUGAAACCUCCGGUUUAGGUCAAUUUAAAAUGACCCUCUUUCCUCAACAAGGCACCGUGGAUCACGAGUCUUAUUUGAGCACGGUGGUGCCUGGUCUAGAUCUACUCAAAGAGACCGUGAUCAAUUCCUUAAGGCUGGACCCCGGGGGGCCUCGAAAGAUCGUUUUAGGGGGCGCGAUCGACCCCCCGGGGGGCCCGAACGGGGUUCCCAACUUGGUGGCCACCCAAAUAACCGCCAAACUCCCAUUUAGUAUCGACAUUGUGUUUGAGUCGAAAUCGGUAGCGAACGUGCCCGAGAGGCUCCUGGGGGACUCUUAUACGAAAUCCCUGGAGUGGCUCCGAACGCGGUUCGAUCAAAGGUUCGAGGACACCUUUGGGUUGAAGAGUAAAGGGUACCACGCGAAGCACAUCGAGUUCGCGCAGGCUGCCCUCAGUAACAUGAUCGGGGGUAUCGGGUACUUCUAUGGGUCCUCGUUGGUGCAGAGCAGGUACAACGAGGAACCGGUGAGUUAUUGGCGGGCGCCGCUGUACACGGCGGUGCCCUCAAGGAGUUUCUUUCCCAGGGGGUUCCUGUGGGACGAGGGGUUCCACGGCCUACUGAUAUCCCAGUGGGAUCUCGAUAUCGAGUUGGACAUUAUGGGACACUGGUUCGAUUUGAUGAAUGCCGAGGGUUGGAUACCGAGGGAGCAGAUUUUGGGGGUCGAGGCCCGGGCGAAAGUCCCCAAGGAGUUCGUCGUGCAAUGGAACACGAACGCCAACCCCCCGACCUUCUUCCUCACCCUCGAAUACAUCUUAAACAAAUACGAGGAGCAAUUGACCAACGAACGUCUGGCCCACCUGGAGCGACUCUAUCCGAGAUUGCAAGCGUGGUUCCAGUGGUUCAAUAGCACCCAAAAGGGUGCCUUGGCCGGUUCGUACAGGUGGAGGGGGCGGGAUUAUUUGACCAAUAAGGAGUUGAACCCGAAGACUCUCACCUCUGGUCUGGAUGACUUUCCUAGAUCCUCCCACCCUUCGGACCUGGAACGUCACGUGGAUCUGUACUGUUGGAUGGCCGUAGCGUCCAACACCAUGGCCCGCUUGGCAUAUCUUUUAGGGCGUGACACUUAUGCCAAAUACAAACAAACGGCCAGUUAUUUAAUGGAUAACGGUCUCAUGGACGAACUGCACUGGUCCAAUUUUUCUAAGAGAUACGCCGACUACGGACUUCAUACGGACGCGGUUAAGUUGGUACGACCGAAACCGUUGCCUAGGCAACAGAACCAGAACCUGGAGAUGGUCAGGGAGGUGCUGAAACGUCCGGAGUAUCGACUGGUGGACUCGCACUUCGGUUACGUGAACGUGUUUCCGUUUCUGUUGCGGGUUCUGGAGCCCACCUCUCCGCAUUUAGGUCAAAUCCUCAAAGACAUCCGGAGGCCCGACUACUUGUGGAGCGACUACGGUCUUCGAUCUCUCUCCAAGACUUCUCCGUUGUACAUGCGACGUAACACCGAACACGAUCCUCCUUACUGGAGGGGCCAAGUCUGGAUAAACAUGAAUUUCCUGGCGGCACGUUCCCUAUGGCACUACGGUCAACUGGAGGGUCCCUACCGUACCGUAGCCAGAGAACUGUUCGAGGAAUUGAGGACGAACGUCGUAAAUAACGUCGUCGAUCAGUAUUUUAAGACGGGAUACGUGUGGGAGCAGUAUAGUGACGUCACGGGAGAGGGCAGCGGAUGCAGACCGUUUACCGGAUGGAGUGCCUUGACCGUUAUUUUAAUGAGCGGAGGGUUUGAAUGAAUUGUUUGACGCGCUCACGCUCAAUUUGUUAUUUUGUUUUUAAGUGUACUUGAUUUAUUAAAUUUUGUGUUUUGAUUAGAA